AUGGCAUCAUCAAAGGAAAAGGCGAGGAACAGACCCGAGAAGAAGCGGAUAACGGAACGAAUGUCACGUCCUGGUAUUCGCUCCCGUGUUAAAUCAACACGUAAACGCGCAAACACUCCGUAUCGUAGACAGCCAUACGAAUCCGUCAGCAUACCUCAACUGGUCUAUGAGCUCCUCACCAUUGAUAAAUACAAUCAAGGUGACACAAUCGAAGCGAAACGCUUCUCGUCUCCGGAACGCUUCAGGACGCCGCGUCAAAGAAUGCAGAAAUAUCACGAGCAGCGAAGGCUUCCAUACGAGGCGGUCGACCACCGUGAUAGUCCGGAAUCCGUCCAAGUACCCGACUACGUGAUGGAAUCUAGGCCCACGUCCAUUGAGAAUCUGACAGAGACGAUGGAUGCUGCAAAUAGCUCGGCGCCGCCAAGCUCAGCAAACAGCAGCGUGUCGAAUAUCUCAAUGGAACCGAUUACAUUGGCGAACUCGCUGAACAGUGCUAGGGCGUUAUUUAGAAAAAGAUCCCUAGUGCAACUCGUUAACAAGUACAUUAAAGCAGGCAUUGAAGAAGGGAAGCGGCAGGCCAAAAAGUACAUCCGUAAGGCGUUAUCUUUCGGCGUGAGAUCGGGUUAUCUGAUCCUAGACGAUCCACAAGGAAACGUGCUACGCGUAUGUCCGACCUUGGACACAGGAUCUUGGAGCUCGAGAAAGGCCGACGCCGAAACCAGACAGAGACGACGCAUCGCUCGUCGAGGCCAAAUACAUCAGACGACAAUCGAUGAUCGGAAAGCGAUGCGACGUGGAAUCCCGCGGGAUAAGCCGCGUCACGACGCCGACAAUGGACAGAUAACAUCGAGGAAAAGAUACAGACGACAUGCCGUUCAAAAUCCUGCCAGGAGCAUCAGCACGAGAGAGAGCAGCCCGAGAAAAUCGCCCGGCGUAUCGAAGAGCAAGCCAAAAACUAUCGUAAAGAGAAAAAGCAGAAUCGACAGUACGGUCAACAAUAAGCGAAGACAACAGCGGAAAAGAGGCAACAACGAGGAUGCCAAAAAGCCGGUCAAGAAACGUCGCGUGAUUGCAUCUCCGAAACGUUUUGCGAAUGAUCAUGAACCAGUGGAGAAAAGUUACAACAACGUGAACAGCAAAGAUCGUGAUCAAUAUAAACGCAAUGAAGACAGUUAUAGAGCAGUUACCGAGAGACGGAAGUCGUCGAGUCGGGAGGAUGGAUCGAGGAUGGAGAAACAAAAAGCCGGAACGAGCACCGACGACGAUUGCAACAGAAUUGAGCGUAGAAACGCCGAUGACGACGAAAAGUCUGAAGAAGCGAACGUUGAACGCGACACGAACGACACCAUCAGACAAAUGGAUCCAUAAAAAAUUGAACGCCCGUAUCGGGAGAGCGGCACUUCUCUCAACUCC